AUGGAGGACACGUACAAUAACAGGACUUCUCUGGUUAAGGGAGCCAAGGACAUGGUCAAGGAGGCCAAGCGGCACACAGCAAAGAAAGUCAACAAGGUGGUCGACCGUGCUGCGGAGGAGUACUCAUCUCAUCGCAACUACACGCGAUUCCAGGACGAGGAGGACGAAGACGAGGAUUUCUACCGCAACCAGAAAGGACACGAAGGAGAGAGUUACCGUGACAAUGAGGAGGGCUCCAGCGAUGCCACAGAGGGCCAUGAUGACGAGGAUGAGAUCUAUGAGGGGGAGUACCAGGGGAUCCCCUCAGCCGGAGACAAGAAGCAUAAGGAAGGACAGGUGGCGCUGGGACAGCCAAUGUCAGAUGCAACGAGGGACCACAGUGAGCUGGAGCAGGAGAGGGAGGCAGAUGAAGAGGAGCUGGCCCAGCAGUAUGAGCUGAUCAUGCAGGAGUGUGGCCAUGGGAGCUUCCAGUGGCAGCUGUUCUUUGUACUGGGACUGGCACUCAUGUCAGAUGGUGUGGAAGUGUUUGUGGUGGGAUUUGUCCUGCCCAGUGCAGAGACAGACAUGUGUGUCCCAAACUCCAGCUCAGGAUGGCUAGGCAGCAUUGUGUACCUGGGAAUGAUGGUUGGAGCUUUCUUCUGGGGAGGAAUGUCUGACAAAGUGGGCCGCAGACAGUGUCUCCUCAUUUGCAUGUCCACGAAUGGCUUCUUUGCCUUCCUGUCAUCUUUUGUCCAGGGAUACGGACUCUUCCUUCUCUGCCGUGUAGUCGCUGGCUUCGGGAUAGGAGGUGCCGUGCCCAUUGUUUUCUCCUUCUUUGCUGAGGUGUUGUCCAGAGAGAAAAGAGGAGAACACCUCAGCUGGUUGUGUAUGUUCUGGAUGAUUGGAGAGAUCUAUGCAUCUGCCAUGGCCUGGGCCAUUAUACCGCACUACGGUUGGAGCUUCAGCAUGGGGUCAGCAUACCAGUUUCACAGCUGGAGGGUUUUUGUCGUCGUUUGCGCCUUGCCAUGUGUGUGUGCUGUGGUGGCUCUUACCUUCAUGCCGGAAAGCCCCAGAUACUACCUGGAGGUUGGGAAGCACGACGAGGGCUGGAUGAUCCUCAAGCAGAUCCACGACACCAACAUGAGAGCACGUGGGCAGCCGGAGAAAGUCUUCACUGUAAACAGGAUAAAAAUCCCUAGACAACUGGAUGAGUUGGUUGAAAUGGAAUCAGAAACUGGAAACCCAGUUUCCAAAUUUUUCUUCAGGAUGAAAGCUGAAAUACAUGGGAUUUAUCUAAACCUCAUGAAGUGCUUCAAGUAUCCUAUGCAGGAAAACAUGAUGCGACUGGCUAUAGUGUGGUUCACGCUGUCCUUCGGGUAUUAUGGUCUGUCUGUUUGGUUCCCUGAUGUCAUCAAACACCUUCAGGCAGAUGAAUAUGCUUCCAAAGUGCAGUUCCACAAUAAUGAACGCAUUGAAGGCUUCACCUUUAACUUCACCCUGGAGAACCAGAUCCACCGAAAUGGCACAUUUAUUCAUGACCAGUUUGUCAACAUGAAGCUGAAAUCCGUCACCUUCAUUGACUCCACAUUUCGUUACUGCACCUUUGAUGAUGUAACAUCGGUGGGUUCCUUGUUCAAGAAUUGCACAUUUAUUGACACUUUCUUCUUCAACACAGAUAUCGAUGAAUCUAAGCUGGUAGAGGGCACAGAGGUGAUUAACAGCACUUUUACCCACAACAAGACUGGCUGCCAGAUGACAUUUGUUGAUGACUACAGUGCCUACUGGGUUUACUUCAUCAACUUUCUGGGAACACUGGCUGUUCUUCCUGGCAACAUUGUGUCUGCUCUUCUGAUGGACAAAAUCGGGCGUUUGUCUAUGUUAGGUGGCUCCAUGAUCCUGUCUGGUAUCAGCUGUUUCUUCUUGUGGUUUGGCACCAGUGAGUCCAUGAUGAUUUUCAUGUUGUGCCUUUACAACGGUCUGAGCAUUUCGGCCUGGAACUCCCUCGAUGUGGUCACUACAGAGUCUUUCCCCACUGUCAGGAGAGGAACAGGCUUCGGUUUCUGUAACGCCUUGUGUAAGCUUGCUGCUGUCCUGGGGAACCUGAUCUUUGGCUCGCUUGUUGGCAUCACCAAGGCCGUCCCCAUCCUCAUGGCCUCUUCGGUGCUCGUGGGAGGGGGGCUGGUCGGACUUGCGGUUGCCUGACACUCGGUCAAAUGUUCUUAUGUAACUCCAUCAACUUUGAUAAGUCCUGUGAGUUCUCAAGAAGGCCAAAAGAGCUUUUCAUAGGGAGUGCAAGUGGCUUGGUUUGCCCUGAGUGUGUUAAUUUUAAGAAAAAUUCAGGAUUCUUUCCACAUACUGUCAUAUUAUAAUAAACUUUAUUUAGCUAAUUGGAACUUACAUGACAAACUAACACAAAGAGGAAAUCUGAAAAUUGUGGUCUUCAUGAUGAUGUUUGUUUACUAAUGUUCAUAGAGGGCAAAACAGAGCAGUUGCAUUUAUUUGGAGAUUAAAUUACACACAGGUGGACUAUAUUUAGCAGUGUCUACAGUCAGCUGAUUGCUCUGGAUUGUAUUAACAAGGAUCAAAGAAAAGGAACUCUGUACUUCUCAGAAUUUUGAAAAUUUAGAAAAAUCAUCCAUAAUUUUGUCUUUCAUUUUGACUAUAUUCUUCUUUGUGUUGGUCUAUCGCACAAAAACCCAAUACAAGCAUUGACGUUUGUAAGGCAAAGCGAGUGGAUAUGAAGCACCAUGUUGCAAUGUUUGGAUCUAGGUAGGAGCAAAGUGCAGAUAACAGGAGGCAGCAGGUGGGGUGCAGAGGCUUUAUUGCUAAAUCCAAAAAGACUUGUUGGCAGGGAGCCAACCAGAGAGCUUGUGAAAGGAAUCGCAGAAUAUCACAGAAUGCAACAGAAGGAUCCAGUGGAGACCCGAUAUGUACUGAGGAAGGAGUGCAGAAUAAUAUGACCACCAGAAGAGGUAAUCAUGAGUAGGGACGGUUGGGUAAGCGAGGAAAAUUAGGAGAUAUGCAUCAGUUGAGCUGAGAGACAAGCCAAGGGAAGGAGGAGCAUAAGUAAGGGAGAAAAUCAAACUAAACGAGAAACGAUUAGCUUUUAUUAGCUGUUUUUAAAGGUAACAACAGCAACAAAAGGAACACUGAUCUAAGGAACCCAGAUCUAAUACUCAAAUAAUAAUAAACUAAGAUGUAAAAGACACAGAAUAAGGAAGACCAGAUCUAAGUAAAUAUUAAUGAUUAAAACUGAAAACACAAAUGAAGCUAAAAGUCCAAACAGCUACAGAUCAUUACAACAUAAGGGAGUAAAAAGUUCUCUACUAAGCAAAAAGAAAAAACAUGUUUUUUUGCUCUACCAUAGAACUCAAUUUGUCAACCACUGAAACAAUUGUUAAAAUGCAGAUUUAAAUCCAUAUUUGAAUUCCAGUAUAAUUUUGAAUGAUCAAGAAAACAGUUAAUUAGUCAGAAUUUUUGAGUUGAAAGCUGCAAUAUUAAAAUGCUUUUUGGUCAUGAUUUGAAAGAAGUGACACUUUCUGCACAUCUCAGGUUUCCAGAUAUAAGGGGCAUAGAAACAAAAUGCUUCCCUAUGUCUAGUUCUGGAAAAGUUGGUAGUAGUAACGUGACAAAAUUUGAAAAUGUCUAACAUUUUUUUUUAUACUUUAGCAAUCUGCUGUACUUCUAUUAAAGCCACUCACUAGUAAAUCACAUCUUCACAAACCCAGAAUACUUAUUUGAAGGUUAACAUCUGCUCAGUUUUUUUUCUUUUGACUGAUUGCAGCCUCCAGGUCCAGUCACAACCUUGCAUAGAGACACCUCAUGAUGGAAGCUUGAGGCUUUUAAUAUUGAUACAGUCUUAUUAAGAUAGGCCAGAUGGGGAGAAAAGUGAAAAACAAGCUGUAAUGAGCACAACCAAGCUGUUGUGUGACAACAUGGGAGCUCCUGAUCAGACAGAGAAGACUCAUUGACACCUGGCUCACCUACAGCACUCACAGUCUGAGCACUGAACAUUUGCGCAGAAAGUUGCUAGAUACGUAAAUAGUAUUAGAUGAGUAAACAUCUUACAUAUUGACACAUUUUUAUUAAUCUCUAAACCUGCACUACUUAAUAUUUUAGUGCAUAUUUGCUCAGACUAAACCAACGUUUGAGAGUAGAUCAUUUAUUUAGGAAACCAAGCCAUUUGCAUAAUCUCAACCUUGAAUUGAAAAGUCUAUAGUAUAAAUUAUAUUUUCUUGUACCAUUAAAUGUAAUGUUAAAUAUGAGGAUGACACCUUUAUUACCUGGUGUGUGACAGUGUAAGCUGAAAAAGUAGUCGUUUUACUCCAGAUAUAGAUAUUUUACAUUCUGUUUCAGAACUUUUUUGAUGUACGUUUUGUGUUGAAUCCUGUCUCUGUGACUGUUCCUGCCAUUUUCUUAAAAAAAAAAAAAGAUAAAUACUGAAUGGCCUUUUUUAGGAUGUGCCUCUCUUUGACAGGAUCAGUCUGCCCAUAGUCUUGCACUUUCCAAAGGUUAUAGGAAUGAGAGAAAUAAACCUGAGGGUAAAUGGAUAUACUUUAUUUAUUUAUUUAUUUAUUUAUUUAUUUAUUUAUUUAUUUAUAUUCUGUCCCAUACUGUCUUGGAUUAUUCAAUUUCCGGUAAUUUGCCAAAGUGUUAAUACUCUGUGAUAGACCAACGCCAAGUAUUGCAUAAUUUUGAAGUAGAUAGAAAUUUAAAAAUGAUUUUCUUUAAUUUAUUUUAAAACAUUUUGAAAAGUGUGACUUUCAUGUAUAUAAAGUCAUCUGGAUCAAUUCUUUGUAACUGCCAAUCAAUCUUUAUUGACAUGUCUCUUCCAGCUCUGCACCUCGAAGAUCCUGUAAUUAGCUCCAUCCAUUCUCCCAUCAACACCGACUGGCUUUUAUAUCCCUGCUGAAGAAAAACCUCCCCAAACAAUGACCCUACCACCACUAUUUUUACGGUGGGCGUGGUUUAUACAAAUUGUAAAUUUUCUGUUACCGUUAGUAUUUUACUUGUAGGUCAAAAGGUUACAUUAUCAUUUAGCUCUGAUUUGUUUCUCCCCUGGUGCAUUUUAUUUUGUACACAAUUCCCCCGCUGCCAGACGGUCUUGGUAUGGUUCCAACACUGUACCAAGACUGUCUUGGAGCCGUCUUGGAGCGGUUCAUUUGUUUUGUGAAUGUGAUCUGACCCCAAGUCGACACAGCUGCCACCUAGGCAGUCACUACAAGCCUGAGCAAAAUGCCAGUCUGCUGUUUUUCAUAGAGCAUAGACCCCCAUUCAACUUUAAGGAUGUAUCCUUAAAGUACAUUUGAGAAUAGGUAUAAACAGACUCAACAUUUUUGCCUAGUUUGUAACGACAAUUUUUGUUUUGCUUUGAUGGUGUGAAAAAAGAAACUAAACCACAAAAUAAUUACAAAUAAAGUCGAUGAAUUUGGAAUAAAAAUAUGAAAAUUACAGGUGAGAAAACAUCCUAAAUUACACACACAGCUUGACUAAUUUCAAAUUGCCAAAUUCAGGUGACUUCUUAAGGGUGUGGGUUUAACUGUGAUUUAUUGGUACCAGAGUAAAAGGGGCUGAAUACAAAAGUAUGGCACACUUCAAAAUAUUAUUUGUAAAAACAUUGUAAAAACGCAUAAUGAUUUCUCCUCCACUUCAAUUAUUCAAGACUUUAUGUUGGUUUAUCACAUAAAAUCCCAAUACAAUCCAAUGAGGUUUGUGUUUUUGAUGUAACAAAAUGUACAAAUAUUGCAAGGAUGAAUAUUUUCACAAGGUACCUGUGUGUGUUAUGUGUAUGUUUGCAAUUUCAAAACAAAAGUUGGUAAUUUCAAGUAGAUUGUUGUGACAGUUUCCUAUAAUGUGCUUUUAAAAAAGUAACACACUUGUUAAACUCAUUAUGUUACAAUAUUUUGUUCUGUUUCCUCAAUUCUGAGACCUCCAAUACACUGUUGAAGAGAAAAUAUGAACAGAGGUAACUUUAGGCUACGUUAAGGUCAUGUUGCUAUUUCCAUAGUUUCAUAACUCCAAAAUUGUAUUUUCUCACACACUGUUUCUCCUUUUGUUUGUAGGGGUAAACUGAUAUUCUCAUUCUUUUCUUUCAUUCUUGUUUGUUUAGUUUGUGCCUGUGUGUUUUCUGUAUUACUCUAUUUCCCCACAUUUCUUUGUCUUUGUGGUAUGUUGACUGUAGUUGUAGAAUACUCUUCACUGAAGCCUUCUUACAUAGGGCCACUUAAAAAAAAACAAAAACUCCCCUCAGGCCUCACUACUGUUUGUGCAACCUUCACAUUUAUCUCUAUUUUGUAAAAUGGGUUGAAAAUAUAUACUGAAGUAUUGUGCUGUUGCUCAGCCAAUCGCUGUUGAACUCUUGGUUUAAUUAUUCUUGAACCAAGAGCAUUGCAGUCAACAAAAAUAUAAAUACAAUGCAAUCAUUAAUACCCAGCACUGCUGACUGCUAUCUGUAGCAUAAGUGUGAGACAGAGCGAUCUGCCUGGUUGUGGAUAUAUUAAAGGCUCAGUGGCAGAUCAGGCGGAUGGGAUGGUUUGAGACAAAUGAUCUAUUACCUGUCAGGACUGAAGGAUUUGGUAUAAAAGCUACAUGUACUGUAUUCGUGUGUGUGUGUACAUAGAUGACUGUAUUGUAAGAAAGACAGAAACUGAGCAAACUGUGUUGGCGUGUGUGUGUGUGUGUCUAUGUGGAUGAAUGAAUGUAAAUAUUCUGUACAUAUCAAAGCUAAUAUAUGUGAAUUUCUGAGUUAAAUGUGUGCAAGCUUCCUCUGAUUCAUUUUUCUCCUGGUAAUAGUCCCUUUAUUGUCCUGUAUCUCUGUUGUACAUCUAUAUGUGUGUGUGUGUCUUAGGCUUUCACCUGCUAUUGCUCUGUGUGUGCGUGAGCAAACUUGCAUGUUCGUAGGACCAACUCCAGGGUUCAUUUCUUUUUACCUUUGUGAUGUUGCUGUAAAUUUUCCUGGCAGAAAGUGAUGGCAACAUUUUGAGUUUGUUGAGGAAAAAUGUGAAUGUAUCUCUCUUGUAAGUUGUGUUGGUCCAUUUUUACUUUUUUUUUUGAAGGUAGUCAAACGUAUGUGGAGAAUUAAGCCGUCAAUCAUAUUGCAAAGGCAGCCAGAGGAUGACUGAGAUGUGUGUUCAGGUGUUUAAAAGUGUAAAAGAAAUGUGAAUAAAUAUUUGCCAAAUAACUUCGCUGUGUACGAUAUGAGACACUGAGUCUGCUGUCUGGGCUGCUUUUGAACAUAUGCAGUAUAAUAAAAGUUAUGUUCUCUUCCAAA